CAGGGCGCGCGCCGCCCGUCACCCCCAGCCGUGGCUCUGGGGGCUCCGUGGGGAUAAAGGGCAGCGAAAAGGAAGAGAAAAGCUUAUUUUUAUCUGAUGGUUUGAUGGCACCGCUGAGUUCACGCAGGGGCCAGCGAAGUAUUUUUAGCUGUGGCAUUCCUCAGGGCAGAUUUGUAGCUGCAGAAGUCCCCGGCAGUGCCGUGCUCCCUCCGCCCCCGCAAGACAGAAUGAAGAAACUGCUUACGCAGUUUGUUUUUCUCACAGUGCCCUCUGCAAAGCGUCAGUAUUGCUCAUCCAGCCCCCUGUGUCCUCAGACACCAACAGAGCGUAAUGCAAUGUAUUCUGAAGUCUGCCAAGUGGUGACAAAGUGAAAUGAAGAACUGAGCAGUUGCAAAUAUUGAGAAAGAGCUGUCUGUCUAAAUUUCAUUAUUUUUAUGGGGCCUUAACGUGACUUUUUCAAGAUGCUGAUCCCAAUGGAGUAGAUCCUGCCUCCUCACAGAGCUGGGAAGGCUUUGUGUGCUGGGGGAGAGGCAUGCAGCCUUGCAGGCUGUGUGCCAGGGCAUGCCAAGAAACUUGGAGGGUUGGCCUGCUGCCCCACCGACACCUGAGGGACAGCUGAAGGACAUCCUUUAACCAGCCCUGUGGCUGUGAGGUUGGUGUGAGAGGGCCUGGGAUUUACUGUCAGAGGAAAAGGGAAGCAUGUGGGUUAGUCAGCCAGGGCCUUUUCAAGGGAGGUGGUGAAGUAAGCACAAGAAAAGGGGAAAGGACUUGGUUUUCCCUGCUCCCAGACCUUGCCAAGCAGGUACCCUUCACGGAGAUGGGACAAAAUAUCUUGUUUUAUCUCAUCUUUCAGGCUCUAACCUCUGCCACUGCAAUGAUGUAAGAUGGGGGCUGGGAAUGCUGAAAGAAAGAACAUUGACUUAGCAUGGUACAAUGUAUCAGGCACUGACAUCACAUCUGAAUCUGUAAUGAAGUAGGAUCAGUUUUUGGGAUGGCACUGAUAAAUCCCAUGUACUUCUGCUUCCAGGAAGACCCUUAAAAAACCUCUGCUUCUGCAGUUGCUCAGAGAUGAUGACAGAUGAUGCAAGACAGUGGAAACAGUGGUCAGGACCUGGCCCCUGGCAGCAACAGACCCAAUCACCCUUUCGUUUAGAGAGAAGAGUGGUGGCAGGAUCUCCUGGUUCUUCUAGCACUGGAGAUGGGCUCUGCUGCUCAGAAAUGGGUCUGUGUGGGCUCAGUAUUCAAAAAUGAAAGCCAAGGUGAUUGAUAAAAUGGGGUAGAAACUGCCAGUUACCUUAGUUCUUAAUAAUUAACUGGAAGUCCUUUAAUGAACUUAGUACCUGAGUGUGGAAUUUGGAAUCUGACCCUUACUAUAUCUAGAUAAACAGUGUGGCCAAGCUUGUGGCUCUCUCUGCAAGCUCCACUCUCAGCUCACUUCUUGGAAGUUCUCACACUUCAUGCUGCAGUCAGGAGCUCGGCAGAGUCCAGCAUGAUUCUUCUUACCGUGCUGUUCCUUUGCAUCAUUUCCACCUACUCAGCCUCUGUCAAAGGGCACACUACUGGGCCAAGCCUAAAUAAUGACAAGCUAUAUAAGUUUGCUUACUCAGCUGAAGUCUAUGUUGAUCGGGUGAAAGCAUCACUGCAGAGAAGUGCAGGAUAUCGGAUUUCUUCUGGUGUGGAUGUCAACCUCUUAUGGAGAAAUCCUGACAAUGAUGAUAACCAGCUGGUCAAAAUUACGAUGAAAGAUGUUCAGGUUGAAAAUGUGAAUGAACGUCCAGCUGCUAAAAACAUCUUCAAAGGAAAAAGCACAGAGAAGAUCAUCGGGAAAGAGUAUCUGGAGGCUUUACAGAGGCCUAUAUUGAUUGAGCUAGUCCGUGGAAAAGUCAAAACCUUCUACUCAUAUCAAAAUGAACCUGGUUUUACUCAGAACAUUAAGAGAGGUCUGGCUAGCCUUUUCCAGCUACAGCUGCACUCUGGCUCUUCUCGUGAGGUGGACAUUUCUGGGAAAUGCAGUACUACUUACCACGUGCGGCAAGAUCAAGUGACUAAAAUAAAAGACCUGGACUCCUGUGAAAUAGAAAAGAAAAGAUUUACCAGCCACAGCCGGAUCUUGGAUGUCAGUACAAAAGCCACAUCUGCUACAGUUUAUGUGCUGGAAGACAGUUUCAUUAAAUCCAUUAAGGCAGAAGAAAAUUUCGUUUUCGUUGUGAAUUACCGACGAAGAACAGGUGCCAAAAUAGUUUCAAAACAGAGGCUGGAACUGAAGUCAGUCCAAGCUGGGAUGGGACUGAUCGCUGCAAAGCAAGUCACUGGUGUGAUCAAGACCUUGGACCCCAGUUAUGUUGCCAUGCCCCUGGAAGCAGAGCCAGUGAAAUCCGAAUGCAAAAAGUGCCCUUCACUUUCUGAGCACUGGCAGAGCAUCAGAGAGCAAAUGCAUCCUGACAAACUUUCCAAACCUGAAGCAGCAAAAAGCUUUUUGUCCUUUAUUCAGAACAUCAGAAAAGCUACGAAAGAGGAGAUACUGAAAAUUAUUAAAAGUGAAAAUAAAGAAUUUCUUCCACAGGUAGUGGAUGCUGUAACCUCAGCUCAGACCCCAGAAUCACUGGAGGCCGUACUGGAGUUUCUUGACUUUAAGGAUGCAAGCACUUUUAUCCUGCAGGAGAGGUUCCUGUAUGCCUGUGGAUUUGCUUCUCGCCCCAGUGAAACACUCCUGAAAUCAUUAACUGAGAAGUUCAAGGGGGAUGUCGCCAGUCAAGAAAUCAGAGAAACUCUUGUCAUUGUCAUGGGAGCGCUCAUUAGAAAGCUGUGUGACAGGGAAGGCUGCAAGCUGCCAGCGGUUGUGGAAGCCAAAAGGUUGAUUCUAAAUAGACUGGAGAAGGCCAAGAAAGAUGACAAUGUGCAGAUGUACCUGCUGGCACUGAAGAACGCGCUCCUUCCCGAAGCAAUUCCAGUGCUUCUGAAGUAUGCUGAGUCAGGGGAAGGGCCCAUCAGCAGCCUUGCUGCCACUGUCUUACAGAGAUACGAUCCCUCUUUUCUCACCAAGGAGGUGAAGGAAACAAUGAACAGGAUAUACCACCAGACUCGCAAAGUCCACGAAAAGACAGUGAGAACCACAGCAGCUGCCAUCAUCUUAAACAGUAACCCAUCCUACAUGGAAGUGAAAAACAUCCUGCUCUCCAUUGGGGAACUGCCUAUGGAAAUGAACAAGUACAUGCUCUCCAUGAUCCAAGAUAUACUGCGCUUUGAAAUGCCUUCAAGCAAAACAGUUCGGCAAGUUCUGAAGGACAUGCGUGCCCAUAACUAUGAUCGCUUCUCCAAGAUGGGCUCUUCCUCUGCCUACACUGGAUAUAUCACUCGUGGUCCUGAUGUGUCAUCCACAUACAGCCUCGACAUCCUCUACUCUGGCUCUGGCAUUUUACGGAGAAGUAAUAUGAACAUCCGUGUUUUCGACAGAAGCACUGAACUUCAUGCCAUCCAGGUGGUUCUCGAAGCUCAGGGUCUGGAGUCCAUAAUAGCUGCAACUCCUGAUGAAGGCGAGGAAAACCUGGACUCCUUUGCUGGCAUGUCAGCCAUUCUGUUCGAUUUCCAGCUCAGGCCAGUGACAUUUUUCCAAGGGUAUGGUGAUCUAAUGUCUAAAAUGCUCUCGGCAACUGGAGAUCCCAUGAAUGUGGUGAAAGGACUUGUCCUCCUCACAGAUUUCUUACAGGAAGUCCAGCUGCAGUCUGGGCCCACAGCCAGUGCGGAGUUCAUGGGUGGACUGGCCAUCGACAUCUCCGGAGGGAUGGAGUUCAGCCUGUGGUACCGCGAAUCCAAAACCAACGUCAAGAACCGGGUAGCCAUGUUUGUAGCUGGUAACACCGAGGUGGAUUCCUUCUUUGUAAAAACUGGUAUGGAAACCACUUUGGAAACAGAAACAGCUUUAGACUUCAUCUCCACGGUGCAGUUUUCACAGUACCCAUUUUUGGUCUGUAUGCAGAUGGAUAGAGUGGACUCUCCAUUCAGGACUCACAUGACCAAGUAUGAGAGCCUGCCCUCUGGCAGGCGCUACACUGCCAGGAGGGGGAAGGCAGCCACGCUGGCAGGGAAUGAAUACCCUCUCCACCAGGAAAACUCCAACAUGUGCAAGAAGGUGUUCGGCGCAAAGUCUGACUCUGCUGGCAGCUGGUUUUGAAAGCAGUACUUGGGCUCCUGCUUUCCUGAAUCCCUCAAUGACUUAGGCCUGCACACACCUUACCAACACGGAGCUUGACCUUGCACUGCUGCAGUUAAUGGGAAAUUUGCCAUUGAUUUCAACGGGCCAGGAUCAAACUCUCAGUGCAUGCACAGUGUUUACAUAUGAACCUAUAUUUAAAACUUUUGUAAAAAAAAAACCCCAAGGCAAAUAAAGACCAAUUUGGUAGCAUUCCAUGCACUCCCGUAAGGGUGGUGCCCGUUCUUCAUUUUUACUUUUUUGUGCCUAAAGCAAAAGUAAUCCUUCAUUUUUUUCUUCUUGGGGAACACAAAAGUCUGUUUUUGACGUGUGGGAAGUAUAAUUAUGAUGUAUAAAGAAUGAUUAUUUAUGAAUGUAUUUUAAAGUAUUUAGGUGUUUUAGGCCUAUGACCGAUACCCAUUCAAAUAUUCAAGUACAAUUAAUGUCCAGAUAGGACUGUGAAUUCCUGCUUACUCAGUAGUGCCUGUUUACAAAAAAGCAGAUUUUAUUUUACAUGAUUUCAAAGGAUUUUAUGGGUUUUUUUAAGCAGGCAGACUUGAUUAUUAUUAUUUAUCUUUUGGAUUUUUUUUUAUUAACUGCUGUAGAUAAAUACACUUGAUUAACAGUGUGGGGUUAUGUUUCCAGAAGGAACUUACAGUUGCCUUAAUUCUGUUCUCAUUGAAAUCAAUGGUGUAAUUUCUGUAGCUUACCAGAAGCAGGAGCAGAGUUAAGCCAAUACUGGCGGCUCAUCAAGGUUGCCUCCUAAAAUUUGUCUCCCUGUGUGUAAUCAAGGCAGGUGCAUUUCAAAAAAUGAGCAUGCACUAAGGCAAUUCUGAACUAUGAAGAAGGAAAGGAUCUUGAAAGAAAUAGAUUUUGGAUGCACAGCCUAGCAAAGCCUGUGCCAAGCCAGAAUGUUUUCUUCUAGGUAAGUUAGGCUUGUAUUUCAAUGCAAAAAAUAAUCACUACUCAGACAAGUCCUCUGAUUAAAAUUACUUAGACACUUCAAGCAGUGUCUUCAUAGGAUCUGUGAAAAAAAAAAAAAGUUUUACUUUUACAUGAGCAUUGCAGAUUUAAAAAUAAUACACCCCAUCCCAGCUCAGCUGAUCUCUGAUCCAUCUGAUUUAAUUUCUACAGGACAAGGUGGGCAAGUGCUGUUCACAAAAAAAAAAAAGUAAAAUAAAAAGCCAAGAACGAUUGUUUAUUUUUAAAAAACCCAAACCCAAAAGCAGGCAGGAAAAACUCAUAAAUUGUCAUGAAAAAAAGGUAUUACAAGAUUAAGAAAAAAAUCCAAACUCUUUUGUGUUGUAAAAAACCAAGAGUGCAGAAAUCUGCAAAAAUCAAACUGUCAGUAGAAUGAAAUGGUCUGCUUGUUGUCUUUCCUAAAAAUGCUGGCACAUUUCUAGUCAAAGCCUAAAUAAAAGAGGUAAAAAUACAGUGUAAAGAA